CGUAAACCAGGAUUCGGCUACAUAGAUAGUUUACUGCAUGAAGGCGAAGUACCAAAAAAGCAGCAAAGAGCACCGGAUUCGACACAUCCACAGAGAAAGAGUACAUACAUGUAGCAGCAAGUCGGUCAGUCAGGCUGCGGGCAUUUAGUCGACGAGCCAGUGCAUGGGCCUGUUGUCGAAGAGCCUCAGCCUGUCCAGCCACAGCUCCCCAGUCAUGCUGUCUUCACGAUCAGAGACAAAGUUCCACAGAGGCCAGUUACGAGCUAUGUUCUGCAGCACCUUCAUAUCUGAAGACACACACACACAACACAUGUGCAACAGGACAAAGCACACAUCAAUCGAUCCAGCCAGGCCAGAGACACCAUCCAUCUCUUUUUCCUACUUGCAUUCGGCAGGGCCUUUUCGUAGUCAAGUAUGCUCCUGAAAUACCCCCCCCAUCUCCUGUACUGCCGCUGCGAGUUCAGCAGUGGGUAACACUGGCUAGACAGCCCCCCGCUCUCGAACAGCCACAUGACGCAUUCAUCGUGGCUGCCGCAGAACAGCCGGCAGUCAUCCCUGCCCGCGGCAUCAGAGAGGCGAGCCAACAUGCGAUUUAGCACAUCGGGAGUGACGACGCCUGUGAAUCCGGGCAAAGGCAACGUGUCUCGCAGGAGAGGGGGUGCUGCGACCGUCACGUUGCUGGACAUGGGGAUGUGCGGUCUCCUCUCCUCUGGCCUCAGGAUCAUGACCUUUUUGUAUAUCUCUGUGCCCUCUUCUGUCUGCCUUCUGGCGCUGAUGGGGUUGGCCAAAGCAAAGGUGUCGUCCUCGCCGUAGAAGGCGCACUCAGAGUAGAUGCCGUUCGGCCGGAACCUGAAGCCUCGGCAACUCAUGACGGCUGGCGCAUGCUGUAGGUAGCAUAUCCGGGCGCAUAUCUGGCGCAUUUGCCUUUCUUCCUCGGUCGACGAGUCAUCGAUCGCCCCAGCGCUUGACGAGAAGAAGCCCGUGCGGGCGGCCCUCACCUUGCUUGCCUUGCGAUAGAAGACGGUGGUGCCCUUGAGCGUCUUGCACUCCACCCACGCCUGACCCCCGCCACAUUUCCUCCUGCACGAAUGGCUGUCGUGCUCGCCUCCCUCCGAGGUGUGAUUGGUGAGGGGAAGAUACCCGGACGAGCCGAGAACGUCCCGCACACCCUGGCUCAGGAUGCGAUCUCGAACGUACAGUGCCGUGUCUCCGUCCUGCCCUGGCGGCCUCGCGUCUGUCGGCAGCCGACGGAAAGCCACACGGGGCGACAGAGGUGACUCCUUGGUGACUGCCACGUCAGGUGUGUCGGCACUCUGGCGGAAAUACAGGCACAGGUCGCCUCGGCUGAGAGUUGCCGAGGGGUGGAAGUUGUCGGCGAGAUGGUCGGCACACCCCUUGAUGGCCUGCAGGAUCUCGACGGUAAAAUCGGCGAAGUUUGAGGGCUCCCCAACGGUGCCGUUGUGGCCGAUGGCGCCCCGGACGCCUCUGAUCUUGAGUGGUGGGCCCUUCUGCUGCAGAGUGAAUUGCCCGAUGCUCAACGGAACUGUAGGCGGGUCAAAGACCACUUCGAACGCCCAGGGAGCAAGAGGGCCGACACCAUUCCUGAAGGGAAUGAGACAGGAACAUGGAAAGCAUCAUGCAGUGCAGUGCAGUGCACUGCAUGCAGCGUGUACCUGAUGCCCAGCUGGAUUUGCCAGCAGGGAGGGUCGCUGCCGGCCUCUGCACAGCCUGUGCAGUUGAGCACCAGCUGCAGCUCCUCGGUCAUGUUGCAGCAGUAGGUCCCGUUCAGCAUCGUGAAGUCAGCCUCCUUGCAAUACGUCAGCUGCCACCCAUCCAGAGUGUCGCCAGGCUGCGACGACAUGACCAAGUCAUACUGCCCGUCGAAACUCGCCAGAGUGGUCAGCGGGGCGUUGGGCGGCAAAAAGCCGCCGACCACCAGCUCACGAGAGAUGCGGAAGUACCGCAAGCAGUCCUCUGUUCUCUCGCCCUCACACCGUCUGUUGCACACUUGUGUUGCAUUGACAGCGGCUGGCCGGGCGUGUUGGACGACGAUUUGGGGGAAGGCGAGAGGCAGUGGGACGGAUGACGGGGGAAAGGGGAGGGCGGGAAGAGGGGGCACGUACUUGAGCAGCAGCACAACAGCCAACCCAAUAGAGAAAUGCACCAUUCUUUUUUUGGGAGGGGAGGGAAAGGAGAUGAGCC